AUGGCAGAGCCGGCACAAAACGCGGAUCCUAUGGAGGAGGACGUCGAGGAGACGAAGGAAGCGGCGGAGGUGACCGACCUGUCCAACUCGGACGUCACAACCAAGUACCAAGAGGCCUCCAAGAUCGCUAACCUCGCCCUCCAGGGCGUCGUGCAGCAGUGCGUGGCCAACGCGCGGGUGAACGACCUCUGCAAGUUCGGCGACACCGUCAUCGAGCAGCGAUGCGCCCAGAUCUUCCGGAGCAAGGUGAAGGGGGUGGCCACCCCCAAGGGCAUCGCCUUCCCAACCUGCGUUUCCGUGAACGAGUGUGUUACCAACAACAGCCCACUCGAGUCGGAGGCAUCAAAGCACGAGCCUCUCAAGGCUGGGGACGUGGUCAAGAUCGAGCUCGGCUGCCACGUGGACUACUACUCGGCGGUGGUGGCCCACACGGUUAAGGUGGGGGUGGACGUGGCAACCCCCGUCACCGGCCCCGAGGCAGACGUUAUGCUUGCGGCGUACUACGCUGCGGAGGUGGCCGCUAAGACCAUCAAAGCGGGGAACACCAACACUCAGGUAACGGAAGCGACGAAGAAGGUAGCCGAUGCUUACGGGGUUAAGUUCGUUUCUGGGACUCAAAUGGAGCAGAUCACAAGGUACGGUAUCGCCGGCAAGACGAUCGCGCUCUGUAGCGAAGACAAGGAGAAGGAGGUUACAUUCGAAGCCAACGAGGUGUACGGCGUAAACGUGCUGGUGAGCUCGGGGGACGGGAAGGUUCGAGAACAAGACCUGCGAACGACGGUUUUCAAGCGAAACGCGGGCAAGAGCUACCAGCUCAAGAUGAAGGCCUCGAGGUAUCUGUUCAACGAGGUGAACACCCGGUUCCCCAGCCUGCCUUUCAGCUUGCGCGCCUUGGAAGACGAGAAGCAGGCGCGGUUGGGCGUGGUGGAGUGCGCGUCGCACGAGCUUUUGUCGUCCUACCCGGUCAUGUUCGCGGCAAGGGGUUCCAUUGUGGCUCAUUUCCGGUGCACCGUGCUCCUGUUGCCGUCCGGCACUAGCAAGGUGACAGGCGUCGAGUUUGUGCCGGCGGCGUUUAGCUCGGACAAGUCUGUGGAUGCAGAGACCCAGGCCAUCCUGGACACGGUAUCCAAAAAGAAGAACCGCAACAAGAAAAAGAAGAAGGCUGGGGCAGCAGCAGGGGAGACCAAGGCCAUGGAGGAGGCGUAGGGGGCGUGGUUCGAUUAGUGUUGUUGACGGUGGGGAAGUCGUAUAAUUGCAAGAGCAACUUCUGCUGAAAUAGUGAGUAUCUGGAUUUGUUGAAUAUGUUUGGAAGACGGUGAAUUGCUCUGCCCUGGAUUGUGGCUGAUUUCUGGCUUCUGCUUAGGUCCGGUGUUGUCAACUCAAUGGGUCAGGCCGGGCUACGUGUUGCAGCUCCUGCAGGGGGGUGGUCUGCUCCCGUGUAUAUUGUAGUGAGCGCUGGUGAGAACCAAAAGGGUAUGUGGCCGGAGAAUUGUCAGAUAUUGCACACUUUUAUUGGUCCGCUUCGGGCCUAAAUACGGUCGUUUUCAGUGUUCAUCUGAGCUAAAUGGCUUUUCCUCGGAGAAUCUGGUCAAAAGUCGGAGUUCCCCGUGUUUGGAGGCAACCAGCACGUGCCGUUAAACGCUCGCACUGCCGCGGGCCCGAUAACGUCAUGGUAAACGGGAGGUGGGCCGAGUCUGCCGUCUACUUGUAGACCGAGAAGAUUCUUCUGGAGUCUUGUUGUCGACGGCCACCCGGAAAAACCCGGAGAAGACUUAUCUCGACUCUACUGCGUCGCUGUUAGUUCUCUGAUAUCAACCAGGCCAGUCACCGUUUGUAGCUGUCCUCAACUAAGCCCCCAUGGCCUCGUCCGGUUGUGUCGUGCGUGGGAUGUAUACUGUACGCCAAUUGCGUCAAUAUGUCCGCUGAGGUCCGCAU